AUAACGUACGUCAUGGAGAGGCGGCACUGGAACAGAGCUGCUUAAUUUCUAUGUUCACUAUCAAAUUAGUAUCGGUGCGUACAGCACAUUUGAGAAACUCUGGGAUAUUACGCUCCAGCCAUGCGAUACACUAUAUAUACUUUCCUGUUGUGCAUCACGUAUUGGGUUGUACUGGUCAAGGGCGCAAGGAAAUUGGAUCAUGUGGAGCGUUACGAUGUCGUCCGACCUCAGAGACUGACUGGUCGGGUCAAAAGAAACAUUUUCUCAAACCAGGUUUAUCCUGACGAGUUACAAUAUGCAUUAACCAUUGAUGGAGAGAACCACACUAUUCAUCUGGAGAAAAAUAGGCAACUUAUUGGGAGGCAUUACGCUGAAACACACUAUUCAGAAGAUGGAAGGCGGGUGACAACAUUUCCAAAUUAUGAGGACCACUGCUAUUAUCAUGGUCAUAUUCAAGGCAUUGAGGAUUCAUCCGUUAGUGUUGGAAUCUGUUCUGGCAUUAGUGGCUUUGUGAGGGCUGAGCAGAAAGUCUACCUGGUUGAACCUUUAGGAGACUCUGCCGAUGGGGAGCAUGCUCUGUACAGACAGGAGCACCUCAGAGCCAACAAUACCAGCUGUGGUCACUCCAACGACAGCACGGUCUAUGACCAUGACCAGGGACCGGCCCCCAGACUCUUAGGCCUCUUCAAGUCCAAAGGCUGGAAAAGUAAACCCAUCUCUGGGCCUCAAAGAUUUGUGGAGAUGUAUCUGGUGGCUGACUAUGCAGAGUACAAACAAUUUGGAAGCAAAACCCGAGGUCGAAUGCUGGAAAUUGCCAAUCAUGUUGAUAAGUUGUAUCGGCCAUUGAACAUCCGGGUCAUGCUGGUGGGUUUGGAGAUAUGGACCACUAGGGAUCACAUUGACGUCACGAUCAGUCCUGAGAACACCCUGAAUGGGUUUCUCCAGUGGCGCCAAGAUGACCUUCUGAAGAGGGCAAAACAUGACAAUGCCCAGUUUGUCACUGGUAAAGAUUUCUUGGGCGAUACUGUCGGACUGGCAAAUAAACUUGCCAUGUGCACUGGAAGUUCAGGUGCAGUCAACCAGGACCACAACAUAAACCCUAUUGGCGUUGCCUCAACCAUCGCUCAUGAGAUGGGCCACAACCUGGGCAUGUCCCAUGAUACCUCAGGCUGCACCUGUGGGACAACGCUGUCCAACGACAACUGUGUCAUGGCAGGUCGGGUCAGGUCAGAGUACCCAGGGCUGUUUAGUGGCUGCAGUCAGGAGCAGCUGAGUGACUUCCUGGAGAGAGCCAAUCCCAGAUGUCUGCUGGACACGCCUGGCUCUGAUAGGCUGUAUGUGGGGGCUGCCUGUGGCAAUGCCUUCCUGGACCCGGGAGAAGAGUGUGACUGUGGAACUGUGGAGGAGUGUAAGAAUAGCUGCUGUGACCCCACUACCUGUCGCCUCACUGAGGGAUCCAGCUGUGCUCAUGGAGCAUGCUGUGAAAACUGCCAGCUGAAGCAAGCAGCCAGUUUGUGUCGAAGAGCUUCCAGUGACUGUGACUUGGCAGAGUACUGCACUGGAACAUCAGAGCAUUGCCCAGAAGAUACCUUUCAGAUGAAUGGGAAACCUUGUAGCUAUGGUCGGGGCUACUGUUACAAUGGGCAAUGUCCGACACUUCAGCAGCACUGCAAGAGACUGUGGGGACCAGCGGCACAAGUAGGCACGGAUUCCUGCUUUAAUCUAAACCUGGGUGGCAAUGAAGGAGCCCACUGCGGAAGGACCAAAAAUGGCUUUGUUCGCUGCACACCACAGAAUAUGAAAUGUGGAACACUAUUUUGCUUUGGAGGAGAUGAGUAUCCCAUCACUGGGCAGAAGGCCUUCUACAAUAUGCAGGGAGGGGGGACAUGCAACAUAGCAGUGGACCAGGAUAAGAUAAGAUCUCUGGACAUGGUCCCAACAGGAACUAAAUGUGGUGUGAAUGAGGUUUGCUAUGAUCACAAAUGCCAAGAUGUCAAAGUCUAUGGUCAAACGGAGGACUGUUCAUCCAAAUGCCACAACAAUGGGGUGUGCAACAACAAGGGACAGUGCCACUGUGACCCAGACUGGGCUCCACCCUACUGUGACAUCAAGUAUUCAGACUUGCCUCAAGACCAGUUUGGGGUGGUAGCUGGCAUCUCAGCAGCGAUAGCUGUGUUGCUGCUGCUCACUUUCCUGGUUGCAGGACUGAUGUGCUGCAAGAAAAACAAGAGAGAAACCUACACCUCCAAAAAGAAAGUCCACUCUACCUCCGGCCAGUUGAACCCAAUGUUCCGGGAGAGGGGUGAGAAGGGCAAACCUCUGAGCAAGCCCCCCCAAAUUAGCCAACCCACCUUCAUGGAGUCAUCUGCAACACAAGCCUGCACCGCUCUGUUUGUCACUGUGGUCCCUUCCAGGCCCCCUCCACAGCCACCAAAGAGCUUGCCUGCAGUGCAGCCACAGUCUCGCAUUGAAGCGACUAAACCUCUACCUCCAUCAAAGCCUUUGCCGACUCUGAGUAGCAAACCGAAAAUCAAGCCUGUUGUCCCAGUGCCACCAGUGAAGUCCAGUCCUUACCCAGUACCUCCAGUGAAGUCCAGUCCUUACCCAGUACCUCCAGUCAAGUCCAGUCCUUACCCAGUACCUCCAGUCAAGUCCAGUCCUUACCCAGUGCCUCCAGUCAAGUCCAGUCCUUACCCAGUACCUCCAGUCAAGUCCAGUCCUUACCCAGUACCUCCAGUCAAGUCCAGUCCUUACCCAGUGCCUCCAGUCAAGUCCAGUCCUUACCCAGUGCCUCCAGUCAAGUCCAGUCCUUACCCAGUGCCUCCAGUCAAGCCCACAGCACCAAAGCAGACCUCAGGAGCAAGCCACAAGAUUGCAUUGAAGCCUCCCCCCAUGCCACGUCGAUGAUGACUGCUGCAUGGAGCAGUAUGGUGACUCAUAGGAAGACAAGGCUUUGAGGAGGAGCCUAGUCCUUGUUUCAGGCUCUAGGAGGUCCUGGAGGACCCGAGUCUAAAGUCAACUGUGGAGAAUGUCUUUGAAGACUCAACAUCAACAUGGUGGUGUCUCAAAAUGUCCUCCUCAACCACUGUGGAAAAGUGGUUUGGAAAAUGCUGGAAUAGAAUUGCUGGUGCAUUUCUCACGCAGUGUUUUUUUUAUUAUAAUUUUUUUUUUUUUUUACAAUAAUUGUAUAUAAAACAUUUUUUUUUUACAGUAGACCACUCCCUUUUACAUAAACCUAGCAGUUGUACUUGUUUUUAUAGGCUGCUUCAAAAAAAAUGAGGGGAAGAGCCUCAUGGUAUUGCACAUAUGAAUGUUCAUUUUAAGUUUGUCAUGUGCUCAAGCCAUUGUGUCUUUCUUUUUUUAAACGAAAAUGUAUUUAUUACAUUGAUAUUAGUUCUUUUUUCAAAUAUAUUACUAAUGUUACAAGUGAGAGAUAGGCUUCCUGAAAUGAAAUACUGUACGUAUUAUACCUGCUUAUUGUGAUAUGUGCAAUAAUCCAGUCCAAUGCAUCCUUGUUCUUCAAAUGGCCUAGGAAACUGUUGAUUGUAAUAUAAAUAAAAAUGUGCCUAAACAAA